CCUGUUUACUUUUUCUGUCACUGUCAAUGUGUCAUUUGCGGUGAUUUAAAAUAUCUGUUGACGUGAGAUGACAGAAGUAAUGAAAUCAAAAUUGGUGAAACUUCUGUCCAGAACGUUCUUUUUUCAUGGAGGCGUGGACAAGAUGAGCAUCCAAUGCAGCUUCUCGGAAGCCCUCUUUUUAAAUUUAUUUCUCAAAAUUGAUUUGAUUGUACGCUAGCUGGUUGUUCUGCGGAACUUUCUUUGAAAUUCCCUCCAUUAUCAAUAGCGUUUACCAAAACAGAUAUGCCUGCCAGCUGCUCGCUUUAAAGCCCUAUUUAAUGUCUGCAAUGCUUCUGUAUAAAGUAUUUACAGCAAAAGGACUGAAAAGUUAGGUUUCUUGGCAGGGCAAAGAAGAUUCUUUGAGGAAUUUUGAAUAAUGGCGAAAAUUUCAAAGAGUGUUGAAGAGAUCGAGGGAUUUGAAGAUUAUUUGCCAGUGAUGGCGGAGAAAUUGGGGGAGGAGGAGUUUAUGGCGGAGCUGUGCAAUGGCUUCCGUCUGCUGGCCGAUGCAGAGAAAGGCGUGAUAACUUUGCAGAGUUUGAAGAAAAAUGCUUCUCUUUUGGGAGUGGAAGCGAUGAGUGAAGAUCAAAUCGGAGCGAUGAUUGAAGCGGCUGAUCUGAAUGGCGACGGAGUUCUUGAUCAAAAUGAGUUCUGUGUUCUCAUGCUCACACUCAGCCCUUCAUUGAUGGCAGAUGCUUACAAAUGGCUAGGAAAAUCUCUUGUCAAUGAAUUGCAGACGACAAGGAAAUAGAUAAGCAUUUGUCUCUGGAUUUAUAUUUUACCUGUUGUGAGAUUAAAUAUACACACAGUCACAGUCUUGAAAUAUACUGGAUUUUGUUUGGACAUUAUUACUGUAUAAAUUUUAAUUUUAGAAUUCUUUUCUUA